UAUCAUUCUGCCACCUCAUCCUACUUCGCCAGUCAUCAGCCCCUCCACGCCGAAAUUCACGGCUGCUCUCACCACCAUCGUUCACGCAUGAAUGCUCUUCUUUCACCAUGGCCAACGCAUCGCUGAGGAAAAAAUCUAUGAAGCGAUCUUCGUACCUCACUAAGUGCAGUCACAAUUUGAUGUCGUAUUCUACGCCGUCGUUUCCUCUGAGAAUGUUCUCUUUAGUCAUUUCAGCUAUUUCUAUUUUGGGCGUUUUUGUUGUACUGCGUAUUUUGUCGAGCGUCCAGACCGUCUUUGGAACAAAACCUCCGUCGGCUCAGAUUUACGCCGUCGAAGUGGUCAAUGUGGAACGAAGUGGUCAAUGAGUUCCCCCACGAUCCUAAUGCCUUUACUGAGGGGCUUCUGUAUGCAGGAAAUGAUAAACUCUUUGAAUCAACCGGUCUUAAAGGACAUUUGUCCGUUCGGAAAGUCACUCUUCAGACAGGGAAGGUUGAGGCUAUUCACAAAAUGCAGAAUUCUUACUUUGGGGAGGGUUUAACUCUUAUCGGUGAAAGGUUGUUUCAAGUUACUUGGUCGGAGAAAACUGGUUUCAUAUAUGACCGAAAUAACUUAAGCAAAUUUAAGAAGUUCACUCACCAAAUGCAAGAUGGCUGGGGGUUGGCAACUGAUGGGAAAGUUAUAUUUGGAGAUGGAACUUCAACCUUGUAUCAGAUUAACCCUCAAACAUUGAAAGUCAUUGAAGCACAUGCAGUCAAGUACAAAGGAGACGAGGUUCACAACCUCAAUGAACUGGAGUAAGUGAAUGGUGAAGUAUGGGCAAAUGUUUGGCAGAAUAUCGAUUUCUUGAAUGGCAUAGCAUGGGAUGAAGAAGGAAACUAUAUUUUUGGUGAGUUCCAUCCGUUAUGUUCAUAUUGCUUCUUAUUUUAUACCUGAUGAAAUCAUUUUUCUGCUGCUCGUUCUAAAUACACCAGCUGAGUACAGUGACAGGAAAGCUUUGGCCGAAGCUAUAUGAGAUAAAGCUUCAUACUAUGAAGACACUAUUUAAGGGAGAUAUUAAACGUCUGUGCAUGCCGAUGCCAGUCCAUUUCAAAUAAAACAUAGAAGAGAGGUUGUCCACGAAAUUAUUUAUUUCGACUUAAAAUUACCGCAAGUGUACGAUUCAUUAACAAGUAAUAAAGUAGAAUAUUAAGUUC